AUGAGUGCUGCAGCAAGCAAAGCCUGGAUUGUGGCAGCUAGUAUUGGCGCGGUGGAGGCACUAAAAGACCAAGGUAUUUGCAGGUGGAAUUACACCCUAAGGUCACUGCAUCAACAUGCCAAGAACAAUAUCAGAUCAUUUACUCGAUCCAAGAUCUUGGCCUCCUCCUCUUCUUCUAGUUCUUCAUCAACAGCAGCAGCAGCAGUGUCUAAUGAGAUUCUGAAAGCCAAGAUGAAGAAGAGAAGGGAGACGUCUUUGGUGAAAACCAUGAAUUUAAGCUGCUGGGGUCCUAGUACUGCUAGAUUUUAG